UGACAUUUGCUCCUGCUCAAGCCUCAGUAUUUCCUGAUUGGGAAAGCAAACGGCACUUAAUGCAACCAUCAUUACACACAGCUCAUGAUCCCUGGAUUCGGGACAAAUUCCAACAAAGAUCAUCGAACAAACAACAUCGGUUAUGAAGAAGUGUCAAAUCUUUUCGUUAUUUUCCCUAACACUAGUACUUACCAUCAUUGUAUAUCUUGUUUUGAAUCCCUCUUUGAAUAAGAUAUUAUUAAGAUUAAAUGAGUUUACAAUCAUAUUGGCAAACUACUCGGCCAAACUAACCUCCAGUGACCAAAUGUCUGAUCAGGUCACCUCUGAAAACACAGCGACUGUGAGGCGCCCACACCCAACCACAGAGCCCGGAAUUAUGUUUUUACAGAGCUCCAGUGAACUAAACCCUUCCCCAUUGGUCAUGUGCAGCAUCGAAUCAGCAGCUAGACUAAACCCAAACAAACCAGUUUAUUUUUUCAUGAAAGCGUUCAAUGGGAGCGUAUCCACGUAUCGAGAACCUGAGUACAGAGGCAUCCCUCUGCUUUCUUCAUUCAAGAAUGUGGUCAUCUUGCCCUUGAAUCCUAAAGAAUUAUUCAGCGACACACCCUUGGCUGGAUGGUAUGAGAAGGUAGAUCCCAGCAAGGAAAGACAUUGGCUCCAUGUGCUCGCAGAUGGCUGUCGGCUUGCCUUGCUGUGGAAGUACGGGGGCAUCUAUCUGGACACGGAUAUCAUUUCACUCAAACCCUUGGACUUCCGAAACUUUAUCUGUGCAGAAUCAGAACAUUCUGCUAAUAAUGCAGCUUUGGGAUUUAACCGUUCGCAUUCCUUCAUCGAGAGUUGCUUAAGAGAUUUUGUUGAGAAGUACAUUGGAGGAGUUUGGGGCCAACAGGGUCCGAGACUGAUUACCCGAAUGCUGAAGAAAUGGUCUGGAACUGAUAACCUUCAAAACCUCUUCAACAAAGAUUGCAAUGGGAUUGUGUACUUGUCCAACAACUGGUUCUACCCAAUUCCAUACAGCAACUGGGGGAGAUACUUUCAAAAAAAUACUUGGAACAAGACCAGUAAUGAGAUUGAAAAAGAAUUCUCAAAGACGAGUGGAGUUCAUGUCUGGCAUUAUAUGUUUGGCAAUAAGAAAGUUCAAAUCAAAGAAAGUCAAUCUUUAAUAGAAUACUUCUUUAGUAAUUAUUGUCCAAGCACAUAUGAAACUAUCCCAAAAUAAUUUUUAUUUGAGUGUCGAUUUGAAUAUUUGUAUUAAUUGUUAAUUACUACAAAAAUCAUUGCUAACCAAAUCAAUUAUGGUGGUUGAUAUUAUGGUGAUCCACUUGGCCUCAUCUCAUUGUAUUGUCAUCUGUAUCCUUCUACUCUCUGUGAGGCUGCUGGGUAAUGGUAAGGAAGGGGAGAUGUGGAAUCCAGCCUCUAGUUUUAGCCUCUGUCCUCCUUCCCUCUCGCCUUCCCUUCCAAUGGUAUCACUUAUUGUGUGUCAUUGACCCCUUCUUUGAGGUUUAUGUCUCCAAUAUAAUCGAAGCCUCAUCAUUCAAAAUUGUCUAAUUCUGUUUCACUGUUGAUCUAGUGGAUUUUUACUUUGCCCCAGUACCAUUAUUACUGACAUUGCAUAAUUUAAAUGAUUGACUUUCUUCAGCACAGAAACAUACAGUAUCAUUGGGACUAGACCUUACACUAUAUAAGGAAUGACAGUGAGGUUUUAACACUGACAGAUAUUCCUCAUUCACAUCGUAGAACCAUUCAGUCCCUUGGAAGCAGGCUAUUCAGCCCAUUGAGUCUACACUGACCCUUCAAAUACUCCACCCAGACCCACUCCAUCCUUGCAUUUCCAUGGCUAAUCCACCUAGCCUGCACAUCCCUGGACACUGUGGGCAAUCUAGCACGACCGAUCCCUCUAACUUGCACAUCUUUGGACUGGGGGAGGGAACUGUAGGACCUGGAGGAAGCCCACACAGACAAAGGGAGAAUGUGCAGACUUCAUACAUAGUGGAUAAAGGCUGCAGACUGCCUUCAUUGUUGUUCCUGUCAGUAACUUGUCAUUAGUAUUUGCAGUCUCUAGAUUAUGUAAUUUGUGAGAAUAAUCUGCUCAAAGUCUAUGACAACUUGACCAUUGACCGUUGUGAAUGGUGUAUCUCUGCUGUGGCAGUGUUUACUGUUGGAAGGGUGCCUUAUCUGGGUGAAGUUUGUACAGCAUACAAUAUAUUUUCUAGGAUAUUUAGUUCUGAUGUUGACAUUAUUUAUUUAUUGAAACCCUGCUUCGCACCUGUACUGAGAUUGUAUUCGAUAUAUACUCAAUGCAAAUUUUGAUUUGUGCAAUGUAUAAAUUACUUUUUUAUAAAUUACACAUUUCUGUUUAAAACCUU